AUGGUUAUGGAGUCUUCCCGAUUGAGCAUAGUGAGUCUUUCUAAAAAUUCCUUCACCGGCUUUGAUGGUUCCACAGAGAUUCUCCGUAACUCAUUAGUUACAAUGUUAGAUAUUAGCUUAAACUCAUUCGCAGGACCACUCCCUGUUCCACCACUCUUGAUCAUCCUCUUUUCUGCAUGGAACAAUAGUUUCACAGGAGACAUACCUCUUUCAAUUUGCAACCGAAGCUCUCUCGAUGUUCUUGAUCUAUCCUACAACAAUUUCAGCGGCUCAAUUCCUCAAUGCCUGAGUAAGUUAUCAACAGUCAAUCUCCGGAAGAACAACUUCCAUGGAACUCUUCCCGACACAUUUUAUAGCAGUUCUCUGCUACAAACACUUGAUGUUGGGUACAAUCGAAUAAGCGGAAAGCUUCCAAGGUCUCUGGUGAACUGUUCUUUUCUAAAGUUUCUGAAUGUGGAGCACAACAAAAUAUCAGACGUGUUUCCUUUCUGGCUCAAGGUCUUGCCGGAUUUGGAAGUCGUUACCCUCCGUUCAAACAUAUUUUAUGGUCCUGUAUCUCGUCCUCAAGGACCUUUAGGGUUUCCCAAGCUGCGGAUACUUGAUAUAUCGGAUAACAGCUUUACCGGAAGUUUGUCACCAGCGUACUUUGUAAAUUGGAGUGCAUCAUCAAACAAGAUAUAUGGAGAUGGGCAGAUACUUGGUGGACAGAUCCCAGAUUCUAUCGGUCUCUUGACGGCACUCAUUGCACUCAACUUAUCCCACAACUCUUUCACUGGGAUAAUUCCGGUGUCUUUUGCCAAUGUUAUCGAACUCGAGUCACUAGACCUGUCUCAAAACGAACUCUCGGGUAAUGCAGGGCUUUGUGGUCUUCCUCUCCAGAACAUUUGCUUCUCCCCUAGUGCUCCCCCAACAGAACAAGAAAAACAUGAAGAUGAGCCAGAGGAAGAAGAAGUGUUGAGCUGGAAAGCAGUAGGAAUAGGGUAUGGACCUGGACUACUGUUUGGAUUGGCUAUAGGACAUACCAUUGCUUUAUACAAACCGGACUGGCUCGUGAAGAUAAUUGGUUCGGAUAAGUGCAGAAACCGUUAG